GGGGUGUUAACUUAAUAAAGAGAAAACAUUGGAAACCGAAUAUGAGAAGUCUUGGAAAUCAGUGCAUCAUCACCUGCCUGACACAAUUUCCAUGCAUACAUAACCACAGAUAUAACGCCAUCUAUGAUUAGGUGGCACUUUCUUUUUGCAUGACAAGCAACCUCUCAUCAACAAGAGUUACAUAAGGAAAAAAGAGAACCCACUUCAUUUUUCAUUGCAUCAUUCUUUUUUCCUUUUAAGGACUAGAAAAACAAAUUUAGAAGCCAACCCUUCAUAUUUAACAUCAUCACCUCUCUAGAGAAAGAGAGAGAUGGGUUACAGCAAAGGGUUGCAUAAUGGAGGGAGUCAGAGAGGAAAGCCUAUUUUGUUGAUAUUAGUGAUGAUAUUUGGGGCUGCACUUCUUGGUGUUAUGGUUCUUCAUAGAUUUAGAGAGAAACGUAUCUACAACCUUAUUGUCAAAGAGAAAGAUCAUCAGCUUCUUGCCCUUCAAGUUCUCUUACAGAAGGAAAGAGAGCACACCAAAGGGUUGAGUAGGAAGAACGAAGAGACAAAGGCGAAAUUAUACGCCCUGAGUAGUCAAAAGAUGGAGCUUGCUAGAACAAUUGCUGAGAUGAAAUCUACCAUGAAUUCACUUAAAGAUGAGCAGAAACUGAUAGAAUCAGCGUUUGAGGAGAAGCAGAAAGAGCUCAGAAUGAUGCAGGAAAGAAGGAGCAAUUUGGGACAAAGAGGAUCUCAAAGAAUAUCAUCAAGAAAGUAUCGUAAGAAAAAGGAAGCAGAGAUAGAGGUGAGCGUUGAUGAACAUCCAACCAUAUUUGAUCAAAUUGUGGCAGAAAAUGGAAAAAUGGAAGCACAGAAUAGAACUCAGAAUGAUAAUCAUGAAAAAGAUGAAAAUUCCAAAUAUGAGGGUGAUGAAAGUAAAAGCAAAUUAACUGAUUUCAAAGAUGGAGAGGUUACAGCUGAAUUACAAGAAGAGAUUAAGACUAACGAGGAGCUAGGGAAGAAAAAUAAUGACCCUCGAGAUGAUGUUGCCACUGCAAAAGAUAUUGAAGCUGAAGAAAUGGAUUAUAAGAAAGCAAUCAGUGAAGAGCAUCAAAGAAAACUCGAGAUGAACACAGAUGGGGGAAAACAAGUUUCCAAUGCGAAGCAAUUGUCUGGCGUGAAGAGGAAACAUGGCCAUUUGAGUAAAACAAAGGGGACGCGCUGGAGAACCAUUGUCAAGAAUAAGUUAAUGGAGAAUGGGAUUUUUGAAAGUCAUGGAGAGGUAAACAUGGGAAAAAGAAAGGUUUACAGAGAGGAUAAGGAUGGAACAGUUGGAAGAGACUCUGGUGAGGUAAGGGAUGGCAAUAACCAAAGAGAAGCCGAAUCACAGGCCAUAUUGAUGAAGCCUGAAAACCAUCAAAACAGAGAAGAUAGUAACAAUACAACAGUGGAUAAGACUAAUCACCAGGUGACAGAUAAUGGAAUCAACAAUGACACAGAAGAGCAUGAAGAUGGUACUGUCCAACAAAACUGGAUCAGGAGGCAUAUCAAUAAUGCUAGCAAAGACGCUGAACAAACAAAAUCCAACCUCUUCCAUGAAGAAGAGCCUGAAGAAAUUGAAGUUUCGGAUAUGCAAAAGCAAAAGCAAGAGAAAGAAGCAGUUGAUGAUGGGGAUGAUGGGGAGGAGGAUAAUAAUGAUGAUUUCUCCAAUGAAUCCCAACCUGAAUUUGAAGAUGAAAAUGAGAAAGAAGAGUACAAGGAGGAAAUAGACGAUUCAGAGUUUCAGCAUGGUUUGUAAUUAAGUCAUAUUUAGUAUGUUCAUCUAAAAUAGUAUUCUGUGGAUUUACUGAGCUUGAAAAUAUUUUAAACUAGUGACUAAAGAGGGUAUUAGUAUCAUCUUAGGAAUAUGAUGUCUGCAAAGCCAAAUUUCAUCUUUCCCUAUUUGUGUUUUUUCAGUAAUAUCAGACAUUUCGUUCACAUUUUAGACCGGUUUAUUUAUUGUCUCGAACAUUGCAACAUUGCGCAAAUUAUAGUAAUUUAUCCUGUGGUAAUG